AUGUCUGAUUAUUUGAGUCAAACCACAUUUGACUUAAUUUGGGAUCAGCUUAAAACACAAUAUGUUGAAGAAAUUGAUCCUGAUGAUUUCCUGAAUAAAUACAGUCUGAAAUUUACUGAUUUUGAUAAUGAAAUGGAGCCAACACCACCACCCAGCCUUGUUGAAACCAGCCUUUCUGAGAGUGCUCCUUUGUUGUCCAUUUCUGUUGCUGCAAACCAACUUGAAUUGCCGACUUCAAUUGAACAGCCUCCUGAAACAUCAGAAUGUUUGAAUUUAUCCUCAAAUGAUGUUAACAAGUUCAUUGAAGAGCAAGAUAACAAAAAUACCAUGAGAAAAACUCUAACUGACAUAAAUAAGUUCAGAAGAUUUCUGAAAACAAAAGGUGAAAAAAGAGAGAUUCAUGAGAUUACCAUUGACCAACAUGACUCAUAUUUAGCAAACUUUAUUUUGUCUAUAAAGAAAGCAGAUGGUACCGAAUAUGAACCAAGUUCUUUACGUAACAAUAUCAGUAGUAUUGACCGAAAACUGCAGAGAAAUAAAUAUCCAUUUCUCAUAAUGAGAGGAAAAGGCCCACAAUUUUCUUUGACAAGAGAUGCCUUAAAGGCCAAACAAAAAUUCUAA